AUGGAGGCACUUUAUGAAUGGAAUAAUGAGUUUUUGACGGAACAUCUUACGUAUCCGCCUUUGUCUUUAAUUGAUGAUGUUAUCAAUACGAUUAACACAUUGCUUUAUGAAGCCGUGGGUGCUAUAGAGCAAUACAUGCACCAUCUGCCUUCUUCGACUAUAUCAGUUCAAGAAAUUGAGCAAGGGGUUCAUCAGAUCGAGACAUUUUUAGAAAAUAUAGUAGAUAGAAAUUUUGAUGCAUUUGAACUUUAUGCUUUACGCAAUAUUUUUGUUGUUCCUGAAAAUGUACGCGGUUGGAUGAGAUUAAAGCAUCAAAUGAAUGUUGAUUUUUCUAAAUCUGAGCAGGAUUUUGAAAAUAUUCAAUCUGAAAUUUCUCUUGUAAAAAAUAAAAUACACGCGGCAUAUAAAGUUUCACGUAUUCUUGAGAAUGAGGAAGCAUUGAAUGAAUCGAUACUUGAAAGACUUCGUGCAUCAACAAAACAGCUUGCUUUUUUGUCAGAUAUUUCAAAAGAACAUGAUGUAAAACCUUUGUUUGAAACAACUGAUUUUCUUGUAAAUCAGACAUUAGUUUUACAGUCUCUUUUAACAACUUUACGAUCUUUGGGUUCUGCAUAUGAUGGAAAGCCACUUGCUUCAUUAGAACGUGAACAUUACAUCGAGAAGUCCAUUCUUCAUCAUCUUUCUGUGCUUUCCGAUGAAAACUGUGAUUCCGUUGAUGCUAUAGAUUCUCAACAUCUUGUUCAUCGUUUUUCUAAUCUUGAAUAA